AUGGCUUCAGGUUGUAAAAUAGAUGCCGGUCUUGCCUCGACCAAAAUCGUCAGUGACCCGGCGACGUUUGUCCUACAGAAGGAUCCAGCGUUCAUCGCCAAGAGAAAUGCUCUGUUCGAGGAGCUCUACAAGAAACAGCAGGAAUCCCUCAAGGAACUAGAGAGCAGUGAUAUAACGAUCCAAUUCGAGGUCAGGGAAGGCGAAGUUUUGACCCUCAACGGAAAGGCAUUCCAGACCUCACCUUACGAUUUGAUUUUGUCGGUUGAUAAGAAGAGAGCAAAGAAGAUUGUGGUCGCUCAGUACGAGAAUGACAGUGGAGUAAAGGACCUUCUCAUCGACAUUGAUGAACAUGAUGAAGCGGCUGAUUCGGAGUGGACUCUUUGGGACAUGACCAGACCAUUGGAAGGUUCAUGUCAUGUAAAAGUAUUGGACUUUGAUUCCGAGCUCGGGAAACACGUCUUUUGGCACUCUUCCGCUCACAUGCUAGGAAGUGCAUUGGAAACGUUUUACGGAGCAUUCUUGACCAUUGGUCCAGCCUUGUCAAGUGGCUUCUACUACGACUGCUUCAUGGGAACAAACACCUUGAAACCAGAAGAUGUAAAGGGAAUGAUUACCCACGUUGACAAAAUGAGUAUCUCAAACAAGCCAUUUGAACGUCUAAUUUGCACCAAGGAGGAGGCUUUGCAACUCAUGAGCUACAACCCAUUCAAAGUUGAUUUGAUCAAGAGGAAAAUUGCAGAUGGUGAAAAGACUGUAUGUUAUAGAUGUGGAGAUUUUGUCGAUCUAUGUAGAGGUCCUCAUGUUCCCUUUACCUCAUUUAUCAAGGGGGCAUCCUUUGAUAUUCUCAAGGCAUCCUCAUGCUACUGGCUAUCAAACUCUGAUGCAGACUCAUUGCAGAGAGUGUAUGGAAUUUCAUUCCCCGAGAAGGAUCAACUAAAAUCUUAUCAUGCCCGUAUUGAAGAAGCUAAGCAGCGCGAUCACAGAUUAAUUGGGACGCAGUUGAACCUAUUUUAUUUCGAUUCCGUUCACUCCCCAGGAUCCUGCUUUUGGCUGCCUAAUGGAGCAAAGAUAUACAACCGUCUGACAACCUUUUUGAGAGAUAACUAUCGGGUACGUGGCUAUCAGGAGGUUGUAACUCCAAACAUCUACUCCUGUGAUUUGUGGAGACAAUCUGGACAUUAUGAUAACUACAAGGAGAACAUGUAUACUUUCAUGUCUGAUGAUACUGAAUGGGGAAUGAAGCCCAUGAAUUGCCCUGGACACUGCUUGAUGUUCAAGCAUAUGAAUCUCUCUUACCGCCAACUACCACUUCGUUUGGCUGAUUUUGGUGUUUUGCACAGAAACGAACUCACUGGUUCACUCAGUGGUUUAACUAGAGUUAGAAGAUUCCAGCAGGAUGAUGCUCACAUCUUUUGCACUCAGGAUCAGAUCAUGGAUGAAGUUUUGGAUUUGAUCAACUUCAUUGGCAAAGUAUACUCCCUCUUCAAUUUUAGAUAUGAAUUCAAGUUGUCAACUAAACCUGCAAAGGCUCUUGGUGAUGAAAAACUCUGGGAAAUUGCGGAAGCGUCCCUGACAGAAGCCUUGAAUAGGUCUGGGAACAAAUGGACUCUUAACCCCGGAGAUGGUGCAUUUUACGGCCCAAAGAUCGACAUUGUUCUCUUUGACUGCUUGGAUCGUGAACAUCAGUGCGGUACCAUCCAACUGGAUUUCAACCUACCAAUUAGGUUCAACCUUGAGUACAGGGACAAGUCGUUUGAUGAAACAGCGAAUUCUGCAACAGAAAAAAGCGAAAGUGGUUUGAGGAAUGGGUUUUCUAGGCCAGUUAUCAUACACAGGGCAAUUUUGGGCUCUAUUGAACGUUUUAUUGCCAUUGUUUUGGAGCAAACAAAAGGUAAACUCCCAUUCUGGCUCUCUCCAACCCAAGUUUUGAUCAUCCCAAUCUCCGAUAAGCAUUUGGAUUAUGCAGAUUUCGUGUACAAUACGUUACUCAGCAAGGGAUACAAUGUCGAAGUCGACAAGACCACAAACACAAUGAACAAAAAGAUAAAGUUUGGCCAACAGCAACGCUGGAACUACAUGGCCAUUGUCGGAGAUCGCGAAAAGGAAGACAAGACAGUCUCGUUACGCCCGCUGGACACAGACGCCCAGCAGGUCAUGACCAUUGACGAACUACUAAAGCUCCUCGAGAGUCACAAUCUUAGUGUUGUCUAA